CCACAGCCCGCGGGGGACGCGGCCCCGGGGACAGGACCCGCCGCCGCCGCGCGCUUCUCGCCCGGCCUGCCCCCCGAGGCCGUCCUGCUGCUUCAGGGGCGCCACCUGCAGAGGCGGCUGCCCGCGCGGCCCUGCCGCCCGCCGCCCUCGCCCUCUCCCGCGGGUCCCGGCCGCCGCCCGGCGCCGCGCGUGUCGCUGCUCAACGAGCGGCACCGGUACGACGACGUGGAGUACGAGGAGGAGGCCCGGGCGGUGGACGAGGGCCUGGUCCGCAGGUGCACCGAGUGGCUGCGCGGCGUGGAGUCGGCGGCCGCCGCGCGCGACCUCGCGGGGCCCCUGGACACGCUGCCGCACCUGAGCACGCUGUGAGCCGGAGGGGGGGUGGGGGCUCCCCGCGGACCCGAAGGUGCCCCCCCCCCCGCACCUGCGCCCGCCUCCUGGAUGCCCGUGAGCCUGGGGGUCCCCCCACCCCCGCACCUGCGCCCACCCCCUGGAUGGCCGUGAGCAGGGGAAGGGACCUCCCCACCUCCCGGAAGCGUGGCCGCACCCUGGGAGCCUGCCCUCCCCCCACCCCCAACGCCCACGGCCACCCUCCGGCACCUGUGAACCCGCCGCACCCGGUGGGCAGGACCGGAUGCCCCUGGCUGACCGCGCAAAUAGCCUUUCCUCCGGGGCACCCUGGCGGCACACGCACAGCCUCGUCUGCCAGCCGGGCCUGCCUGCCCACAUUGCCCCCACGCACAGUCACACGCAUGCUCACACACCCACACCCACAGAGCUCUGUCACGAACGCUUAGCUCUCCGGGGGGCUGGGGGCUUCAGCCGGUCUGGCGUCCGACUUGCGCGCAGCUCACGAUCUCCCCUCUCGUGGGUUCGAGCCCCGCGUCGGGCUCUGUGCCGACAGUUCCGAGCCUGGAACCUGCAUCGGAUUCUGUGUCUCCCUCUCUCUGCCCCUCCCCCUCUCUCAUAUAUAAAUAAACGUUAAACAUUUUUUAAAACCACGUUCCUGCUCACGUACCCACGUGCACACAGAGUCACGGCCACACACGCACACGCACAGACCCCAUCACGCACACAGGUGUGUCCCUGGAGCACAGCGACGGGGAUGGACUUGAAAGGCCGGGACAAGAUGUGAGCGGGGGUGAAAGUCAGCUUCUGCUGAAGGUCGCCGUUUUUCUUGGAAGCGCCACCUGCAAUGUGACUUCUGUCCUGCGGAAAGGCCGACCGCGGAGGGAGGGGAGAAGGCAAAAAGCCGUGUGCGGACAGACGGACGCAGAUCGACAUGUUCCGGGCCAGGCGGGCAAUUCAUUUGAGGGAGGAAGUGGGGGGGUCCCUGGGGGCAGAUGUUAACGAUUCCAGCGGCUUUAAUCACCGGGUAAAAAUCGGUGACAUAGUGGCUUUGUACAAUUGUGUAUACUCAUUUUUUUAAAAGAGAAAAUCUCUGCCUAUUAUUUGAAUAAAGGGUUAAAACUCCUCGGCCUUUUGGGAGCCGCCCAUACCCUUUCUUGCUGACUCCAGGCUGAUUUCUACACACUCCCUCCAUGCAUCUGAUUAUACUUAACUCUAAGGUUGAGAAAGAGGGGGGAAAAAGUCGUAAUCAGAGAAGGCUGGUCAUGGAAGAGUAAUGUAUUACCUCACCUUUUGACUUGUGUGAAAGUCAGUAAGUAGUUGAAUGUUUAUCUCGUUGGGCUUUAAUGUGGGAAGUCUUAAUUAUAUUUUACACGGAAGCCUUACAUGUUUAAAAGCCAGAUUGUGCCUGUGAUCUCUGCCCCACUCUCUCUGUCUCGCUCUCUCUCACUAGACACAAACCUAGUCAAACAGGAAGCGUUUAAUCCAGCAGGAGCGAGGUCAGCCAGCAGAGGAGUUUGCAAAGCCAAAGCCCCUCCCCACCGACUGGCUUGUCUUUUCCGACUCCUGCCUGGAUGCAUAGAGCUCAGUUGUCUUUCAUGGAAAAUGAACGCGUCAGCACCAGAGAGGCCCAGGUGGCAAUCCGGCUGAGGCGACACGGAGACGUGGCCGUGGACUCUCAGUCCGGGACGGAGCGCUGGUUCUGGACGUUAACCAGCCCUGGGAGUGAGCGUGAGUGGUGGUCCCGUGGGCAGGGUGCUAACUGCUCUCGCGUGCCCUCUGAGCAGAUACCAGGACUCGAGAGACCCAGGUUUCUGUUGAGUUCAGUAACGUUUUAAAGACUUUCGUAAAGUAGGUGACUUUUCGAAGCACCUUUCCGUGGCUGCCCAUGUGGGUGCGUGUCCCUCGUCCCGUCACGGUCACAGUGCAUGGGUCUGUGUGUCCCUGUUCUUUGUCUCUCCCUCUCCUCACCCUCUUCCUUCUCUGGGUCCCCUCCCCCCCCGCCCCCGCCCCCGCCCCAGUUCUCUUGACCGGCCCCAGUCCGGUAUUGUGCUCCUUUUUCCCAAUGGCAUUUGUCAAACAGAGUUUUGUGUGCCUUGUUCUUCACUGUAAAAGCAGACGAGCGGAACGUUUAUGUUGCUCCGGCUGAUGACCCUCGAAGAGACGGAACUUCUACCUAUGACGCUGGAUGUCUCGUCGUGUUGUUACGGACAUUUUGAGAAAGUUUUCGGAGUCACUGUGCUGCAAUUUCUUAAUGUUUAAAUAAAAGAGAAAUUCAA